CCGCUCAACUACUAGCCGCCGCACCGCGGGUCGUCGGCACACCUGGGCUGCUGUAUGUCGCUCAGCGGGAGCUAGCGGCGGUGGUGCCGCAUGACAGUGAGUACAUCUACACACGCAGUCCACUACCGCGACGCCGCCGCUCAACUACUAGCCGCCGCACCGCGGGUCGUCGGCACACCUGGGCUGCUGUAUGUCGCUCAGCGGGAGCUAGCGGCGGUGGUGCCGCAUGACAGUGAGUACAUCUACACACGCAGUCCACUACCGCGACGCCGCCGCUCAACUACUAGCCGCCGCACCGCGGGUCGUCGGCACACCUGGGCUGCUGUAUGUCGCUCAGCGGGAGCUAGCGGCGGUGGUGCCGCAUGACAGUGAGUACAUCUACACACGCAGUCCACUACCGCGACGCCGCCGCUCAACUACUAGCCGCCGCACCGCGGGUCGUCGGCACACCUGGGCUGCUGUAUGUCGCUCAGCGGGAGCUAGCGGCGGUGGUGCCGCAUGACAGUGAGUACAUCUACACACGCAGUCCACUACCGCGACGCCGCCGCUCAACUACUAGCCGCCGCACCGCGGGUCGUCGGCACACCUGGGCUGCUGUAUGUCGCUCAGCGGGAGCUAGCGGCGGUGGUGCCGCAUGACAGUGAGUACAUCUACACACGCAGUCCACUACCGCGACGCCGCCGCUCAACUACUAGCCGCCGCACCGCGGGUCGUCGGCACACCUGGGCUGCUGUAUGUCGCUCAGCGGGAGCUAGCGGCGGUGGUGCCGCAUGACAAAAACGUAAACAUCAUCGGAUCUGAUGACGCCACAUCAUGUAUUAUAGUCGUUGUGAGGCAUUCAGGGUCAGGAGCAGUCGCCCUGGCACACCUCGACGGCUCCGGCACGGGCGAGGCCGCGGCAGCCAUGGUGGCCCGCGUCCAGCAGCUAGCCGUGGGCUACCCCGAGGGCAGGCUGGAGCUGCAGCUGGUGGGGGGGUUCACCGACCCGCAUCGCUACUCGGACGAGCUGUUCGCCAACAUCAUGUUAUCUUUCCACCGGCUGUCCGUGGAGAUCGACCUGACCCUCGCGUGCUGCUGCGAGCUGAACACGGCGCUGGGCGGCGGCGCGCCGGCGCCGCUCGUCACCGGCGUCGGCGUCGACAUCCGCCAGGGAGACCUGUUCCCCGCCACCUUCCCGGACAAGGGACCUGAGCUGCCGCUGAGAGGAGCUAGGACAAUAACCGGAGGGCCACAUUCGGCUCAGGUGUUAGACAUAUACGACAACGCAGUGGGCAUGCUCCGCAUCGGGCCGUUCAACUACGACCCGCUGCGCGGGGUGGACCUGUGGCUCGAGCAGUCCGACGACUUCAUCCUGCAGCACCUGAGCACGACGCCCGCUGUGGAGCCGCCGCACUUCGUGCACCACAUCCGUGCCACCCUGAAGUUCAUCCAGCAGCACCCGUUCCCGGCCGUGACCGUGUUCGCGGACAACCGCCCGCACUACUACCGCCGCGACGAGCAGAGCGGCUGCUGGGCGCCGGUCCGGUUCUAACCGGUUCAACAUUCAUUUACUGCGCGAUGGUUGAACACAACUACUAGCAUGACUAUCGCCAUGAUCACAUUGGACCCUUAGUCCGGUUUUAAUUGCGGUUUAUAACCGGUUCGAGUUCGGUUCUAACCGGUUCACUAUCCAUCUGACCGCGCGGUGUUUAAAAACAACCACUAGCACUGUUAUGGCGUAAGCUUGUGGUUACAAAAGCUGGUCGACUUUAAGGUAUGAGCUAUGGAGGCAACUGUACACCAAUUGUGGAGCUGAUGGGCCCGGUACCGUCCUAACCGGUUUUAAAUUGUGGUGUUUGUUGAAAAUCGCCCACAUAAUAAACCGAACCGCACUAAAACGUAAGCGGUAAUUUAAUUUUGUAAAGCCAGGCAAAUUAUAUCGGUAUCAAGAAGAAGAGACGGGCUUUUUCGUAAACUAUUCCUACUCAGAUUUUGGCUAAAUGGCAUAAAUGAUGAUGAUGUUUCAGUAAAAAAAAAUUAACGGUUUCAAAAUGGCUGGUAAUAUUAUAAUCGCACAAACUGUUUUAAUAAUUGAUACCAGCUGUACCUAGUUUUCUGACUGCAGAAAAAUUAGUCAUAUUUAAACCAAUUAUUUUUUACAGUAAUAAUUGUUUAUGUAAUAACACGCACAUAGUAGGUAUUUUUAUAAAACAAAAGAAUAUACUUAAGUUAUUGUUAUAAUUAUAAACUACCCAUAAAUGACAAUGUAGUUAGUCGAUGUCUGAACCCGAACAAAGUAGUUAGUUAUAAAAAAAUGUGCAGUAUCAUUAAGAAUUUUUAAACGAAGCAUAAUUGAUAUUAAAAUAUGACCGAAUGUCGCCCAGUAAUAUUUGUAGUCAUAUUACUUAUGAAUUAUAUACGAGUAGAACCUAUGACAAUUGUGCGGAAUAUGGCACACUAUAAUAUUUUGUGAUAAAUAAACUAUUAGUAUAUGAUAAUGAUUAUUGAGUGAUGUUUAUAUUAUGGAAUAGAUGUUACAUAAUGCAGAUUGGUUAAAUUCAUCGUACAGGCAGGUGACAAUCAACAUGGAACGGGAUCUCAUAAUGAUCGUCAUCUGUUCCUUGACCUAUUUUUUUAACAGUUUAAACUAGGGCUUGAGAUGGGAUGCGGUAUAGCUUUUAAAUCGGUUUCAUCUAUUUAACCACAGAAUAUAUAAUAGUACAGGUACCGAUUGUGUGUGAUUGGGGUGAUUUAACGGGGAACGAAAAGAAUUUCGCUUUGGUUCCGAGUUAAAUAACGGUAAAAUACCCAAAGACAAAAUUGUUCGCCUUGUUUUUGUGGAAAUAAAUGAACCGAUUAAAACAUUGAAGCGAGAUGGAACGAGGGGGUUGUUAUUUUUCCCCCUGUUAACCGGUAAGGAGAGACAACAACAUUUUUCACAUUCAAUCAGUUAACCGGUUUUAAGCAACAACAUAAUAUAACGUGUUUGAAACGGUAUUAACAGUUAUUUAGAUACCGGUUCCAAGUCCUGGUUUAUAAGUACAUAUAACAGAACAGUAUGUUAAAAUAUCAUUGUGUUUGUCUGUAAAUAAUGUGACAUUAAUUUUAUAUACUAUUUUGUUAAGUUAACUAUUAUUUUGUAUAUUUUGGCUUACCAUGACUGCAAGCUUUUUAUAUUAGGUAGGUGCUUUAAUACAGUGGCAUUAGUAUUGGGUUGGCUCCAUUUGCGAUAAUAUUUGCGCUACUAGAUUCAGACUAAUCUAAAUUUACAAUUAUUUUGAUAUCACAAAUUGUGCAAGAAUUAUUUUAAAUGUCAAACUUGUAUCAGAUUACAUGUGACAUAUAAUAUAAAACGUACAAAUGUCCUAUCAAAAUCGCUGUAAAGUUAACUUGGUUUGACUUUAGGCAUAGCCCGACCAGAAAUAUAUGACUACGCGCCAUCUUGCGGAAUUUCAUUAAAACUAUUUUCUUCAUACUAAACUGAACUGUCACCCCAUACAUCAGAAUAACAGCGCCCUCUUGACAAUAAUCAUAUAUUUCUGGUCAAGCUAAACUUUGUUUUUUUUUUAUAUUAUUAAGUGAUCUAAAAAUGUCUUUAUAAUUAUUUACUUUCAUUGUUACUUUCGAGCGACUCUGAAAUUGUAUAAGAGUAUGUUUCUGUCAGAUGUUUUUGUAAUGCGUUUAUUAUAAUAUACAUUCACUGUUGUAUUUUUAGUUGCCAGUAGUAGAUAGGUAGGUACUAGUUUUUGCUUGGGUACGAUCACCCUAAGGCACUGGUCACACCAAAAGCGCGUAAGCCAUGAGCUAUACGCAAUAGACAUGAACAAAAUAUAGUCGCUCCGGUGUAAAUAAAAGAGAGAGCGAGCGAUUUAUAGCUGAUGCGUCUCUUUGUUUACACACACGCACACACGUACACGUGAGCAAUUAUUUUUUGUUCAAUUCUAUCGCCGCUAGCUCAUGCUUUUGGUGGGACCAGUGCCUAAGGCCCAACAAAAUGUCAUCACUUUGGCAUAUUGACAUAUGGAAAAUUGGCCCCAGACAAAGAAGAUGAAUCUUGUAAAUAAUAGUGAACAAUUAGUUGUAACUUAGUUAAUGUCGUUGAUAGUUAUUGUUUUGUGAAUUAUAAUGAAUAUAUUGAAAGUUCAAAAGUU